AUGUCGCGUGGUGCUGAGGAAACCAAAGAGCUGGAAAAGAAGGUUGAGGGACAAUUAGACCGUCUGCUCGAUCAGCUCCAAGAUAUUCACGACAGCAAGGAUGAUAUGGAUGAAGAGGAAUAUGCGGAACAAAUGCGUGAUACAGUCGAACAACUCCAAGAUUUCAGAGAUUAUCUGGAAUCAUGUCAGCAAGGAAAAAUGUCAGUAGUUGAUUCACUUGGGAGAGCUCAACUGGCAAUACAAGCAGCUGUCAGCAACGCCUUCAUGACCCCAGAAGUGAUAAAAAUGUUUGCCAAAAGGCAGCCUGAAUUAUUGCGCGAACGUUUGGAGCUGGUCGAAGCCAAGCAUCGAUCGGGAAAGAUGGAUCGAUUCGCGUACUUCACGGAAAAGGCACGUACUGAAAUUCUCUCGGUUUUAAAAAAGCUGGGAGAAGAACUGCGGCCGGGAGAAGCAGAUUUCUUUGACGAGCAAGCUUCGGAGGCAUUGAAAGCUUUCGCGAAAGUGUCUGAAGGAUCUUAUCAAAAAAUGGCUCUUUUGGUUGGACAUCGAUUCGAACAUGCGGAUCUCGGAUGUUCUCCGAGGAGGAUGACGGUAGUGUGGAUAUUGUUGAUAGCCGUUUCGCUGAGCUCUGUGAACUCAUUUUACAUUCCCGGAGUCGCCCCAGUAGAGUAUGCGACGGGGGAUCCUGUGCUCGUGAAAGCUGUGAAGCUUACCUCGACGCAAACCCAAUUGCCCUAUGAAUUCUAUUCCAUUCCUAUUUGCAAACCGCCAGAUGGCCGAGUCCAGUUCAGCAGUGAAAACUUGGGAGAGGUUCUGCGAGGCGAUCGGAUCGAAAGCACACCCUACCUGGUUCACAUGAAAGUGGAUAACAAAUGCUCGGUGCUUUGCUCACACGUGAAUAAUGGGUCUCCACUGACCUGGUCCGUGGAGGACUCCAACAAGGUCAUCGAUUUGAUAAAAGCGGAAUAUUCCGUGCAUCUCUUGAUGGACAAUUUGCCGGCUGCAACGAGGCUGUUGAGCGAAUCAGGCCAAGUGCAGUAUCGAAUUGGUUUCCCUCUUGGGUCGGUUGUGAAAGACGAGGUUUAUCUCAACAAUUACUUGAAGCUACAUUUGAAGUAUCAUACGGAUGAGUCUAGGAAAACGCACCGAUUCGUUGGAUUUGAAGUCGAAGCCAGGAGUCGUGCUCUGGCGGGAUUUAAAAGCGACGGGUCCAACUGUGAUCUAAUGGGAGACGAGCAACCUGGGCUGAAAUUGCAGGAGGGAAAGACGCAUUCAAUUCAAUUCUUCUACUCUGUGGAAUGGCAAGAAUCACCUGUACGUUGGGCAUCUCGAUGGGACAUCUUCCUAAACAUGUCUGACGUCCAGAUUCAUUGGUUUUCCAUCUUCAAUUCGCUCGUCUUCAUCUUCUUUCUUUCUGGUGUGGUGACUAUGAUUUUGGUUCGCACCCUGAGGAGAGAUAUUGCCAAGUACAAUGAGGGUGAUCCUGAAACAGUCGACGACGUCAUGGAGGAGACUGGUUGGAAACUCGUGCAUGGCGACGUUUUCCGUUUGCCGCGUUAUCCCCGAUUGUUCGUUGCCAUUGUCGGCUCGGGAAUUCAAAUCCUCUGCAUGACGCUGAUCACUCUGUUUUUCGCAAUGUUGGGAAUGCUUUCACCGGCGUCUCGUGGGGCUUUGAUGACCGCUGCUAUAUUCCUGUACGUGUUCAUGGGACUUGUAGCGGGAUACUAUUCGGCUAGGUUGUACAAGUCGAUGAAGGGGACCCAAUGGAAACGAGCUGCCUUCUUGACUUCUACACUGUACCCAGGAAUUGUGUUUGGAACUGGGUUCCUGUUGAAUUUCUUCGUGAUGGCGAAGAAGUCGUCGGGUGCUGUUCCGUUUGGAACGAUGGUUUCCUUGUUGUGCUUGUGGUUCGGGAUCUCAGUGCCGCUGGUAUUUUUGGGCUAUUAUUUCGGGUAUCGCAAGCCUCCGUUCCAAAAUCCCGUCAGAACAAAUCAGAUCCCGCGUCAGAUCCCUCCCAGGCGAUGGUACAUGAACCCGGUAUUCAGUGCGUUGAUUGCAGGAGUGUUGCCGUUUGGAGCGAUGUUCAUUGAAUUGUUCUUCGUUUUCACGGCUAUUUGGGAGAAUCAGGUGUACUACCUGUUCGGUUUCCUGUUCGUCGUGUUCCUGAUCCUUGUGAUUUCUUGCGCCCAGAUCUCCGUGUUGAUGAUUUACUUCCAGUUGUGCGCUGAGGAUUAUCAUUGGUGGUGGAGAAGCUUGUUGGUGUCUGGCGGAAGCUCGGUGUACGUCUUCUUCUACUCAGUGUUUUACUUCAUGAACAAACUGGAGAUAACGGACUUCGUGUCCACGCUCCUGUACUUCGGCUACACGCUCAUCAUGGUCGUUACGUUUGCAAUCAUGACCGGAACUGUCGGUUUCAUUGCGGCCUACGCGUUCGUCCGCAAAAUCUACGCUGCUGUGAAGAUCGAUUGA